CCAUCUUGUCAAGAUGCUCCAAAGCUUUAUUAAAACUGUCUGGAUCCCCCUGAAAUCCUACUACACCCAAGUUUACCAGGAGAUCUGGGUAGGGAUGGGGUUGAUGGGCUUCAUGGUGUAUAUGGUCAGGAGUGCUGACAAAAGUAAGGCUUUGAAAGGUUCUACACCUUCUCAUGGCCAUCAUUAACCAGCUCCUUUGAAUGCACAAAGGGAAACGCCAGCCUGCCUGCACAUUUAAGCAAACUUUGUUAGAUGGGAGCAUGGAA